CUUCCUAGAAACAAAUUCUUAUUCAAUAUUAAAGAUGAAUAAACUAACCUUGAAAUAUCUUUCCCUCAACUUUCUCCUCUUAGUCUCCUUACUCUCUUCGAGAUUUGGGACUUGUGCGGCUAGGCACAGUGUAUACUGGAAAGGAAUUCGCAGGUCUGUUGCCGAAAGGGAAAUUUCCGCAACAAUCAAUGUGCUUGACCAUGGCGCAAAAGGUGAUGGGACAAGUGAUGACACAAAGGCUUUCGAAGAUGCUUGGGAGGAAGCUUGUAAGGUGGCAGCGUCAACAUUAUUAGUUCCAUCUGGUUCUACGUUCCUUGUUGGACCUGUUUCCUUCCUGGGAAAAGAAUGUAAAGAGAACAUCGUGUUUCAGCUAGAUGGAAAGAUCAUAGCUCCAACGAGUUCAAGUGCAUGGGGUUCAGGUCUCUUGCAAUGGAUAGAAUUCAAAUCACUUAAAGGAAUCACUGUAAAAGGAAAAGGAAUAAUUGAUGGACAAGGAUCAGUAUGGUGGAACAAGUCCCCUGACUAUGAUCCAGCAGAUGAGUCACAGUCAAUAACUAAGAACGACAUGGUGAAAGAACAACUGGGUACAAAAAUGCCAAAGACUAAACCAACAGCUUUGAGGUUCUACGGGAGUAAUGGUGUAACAGUCAAUGGAAUAACCAUACAAAACAGCCCUCAAACCCACCUCAAGUUUGAUAAUUGCAUGAGCAUUCAAGUGUCUGAUUUUACAACUUCAUCCCCCGGAGAUUCCCCCAACACAGAUGGAAUCCACCUGCAAAACUCUCAAGAUGCCGUUAUUUACCGCAGCACGCUGGCUUGUGGAGAUGAUUGUAUAUCAAUUCAAACUGGAUGCUCUAAUAUCUACAUACAUGAUGUAGACUGUGGGCCUGGCCAUGGAAUUAGCAUCGGAGGACUGGGAAAAGACAAUACAAAAGCGUGUGUUUCAAACAUUACUGUCCGUGAUGUCACGAUGCAUGAAACUACGAAUGGAGUUAGAAUAAAAUCCUGGCAGGGAGGGUCAGGGUCUGUAAAACAAGUUAUGUUUUCAAAUAUUCAAGUCAGCGACGUAGCCAAUCCGAUAAUAAUAGAUCAAUACUAUUGCGAUGGUGGAGGAUGCCACAACGAAACUUCAGCAGUGGCUGUAUCAAACAUAAACUACAUAAACAUAAAAGGUACCUACACAAAACAACCUAUACGCUUCGCCUGCAGUGAUAGCUUGCCAUGCACAGGAAUCUCACUGUCGACCAUAGAGCUUAAGCCAGCCACAGAAAAAGCUAGCUCACUUGAUCCUUUCUGCUGGGAAGCACACGGUGAACUGAAAACACAAACUCUACCACCAAUACAAUGUUUGAAAACAGAAAAGUCACCAGAAGCUAGUCAGUCUAAUAAUGAUGCUUGCUAAUACUAU